GGCAUCUUGUCCACUGUGGACAACAAGCUGGCGGAGCAAGGCCUGCCACGCCAACGAGCCGAUGAACGGCCGAUCGUGAUGCAGUCCCUGUUGAAGUCAUCUCCACAAGGGGGCGCGGAGGCUGCAAUCAAUGAUGCAAUUUCAUGUCUCUUGCAUCACAGGGUUGAGGUGGUGCAGUUGAGCCAGGUGACCUCCACUGAUAGGGACAGAAGAGAGGGUGAUGGAAGGGCAGCUGGAUGA